UUGAACGCUCUUUGAACGCACGUGCAUAACAAUAAUAACUGAAUUAAAAAGUGCUUAAAUAGUAUGCAAAUUACGAAUUUGUACACCUCGGUGGCCUGCAAUCGCACCACAGAGUGCGCCGAUUGGGGUCCCAGUGGAUUAAUUGCAUAUGGCGCGUGCAAUGCUGUUGCCGUGCUGAAUCCUCGAUACAAUGGCAAUUCGGCCAAGAUACUGUACACACUGGUGGAGCACACAAAGCGUGUGAACACCGUAAAGUGGCUGGAUGAGCAACAUUUGAUUUCUGGUGGAGAUGAUGCCAAUGCAGUUUUAUGGCAACUGGACGACACCGGCGCCAAAAAGCGUAUUUUACUCAAAGGACACGACAACGGCGUCAAUGCAGUGGAUGGUGUGCGUCGUCCAAAUGGAAUAUGGCUGCUUGCCACCGCUGCCGCUGAUAGCACAAUUAAAUUGUGGCAUCUGCAGUCUGAUGACGUGCUCAGUUGCGCUCAAACUGUGCAACUAGAUGGCGGCUUCUGUUUCUCGUUGCGCCUCACAUUGCUGCCCCACAGCGAGCACGUUCUGAUGGCCUUUAGUGCCGACGACGAGACGGUGUCUCUGUGGGCAGAGCAGUCGACUCAUUUCGAGAAAUUACACAAACUGAGUGGACAUGAGGAUUGGGUGCGUGGUUUGGACUUUGUCAAUGAUGGCCAAGAUUUGCUACUGGCCAGUGGCUCUCAGGAUAACUUUAUACGUCUCUGGCGCAUUGCACCGCGCACUGUGCAGCAAGUCUCGGAGAAUCGUGUGGACAUUGAGAACUUCUCCUUUGCGGAGAGUGGUGAAAUACGCGUCGAGGAGAAGAUUCUGCAAGUUGGCAAGAACUCCUGGUAUGCAGUUACUCUGGAAUCAGUGCUCUAUGGCCACGAGGGUUGGGUCUAUGGUGUGCACUGGCACAGGAACGCUAAGGAUGAACUUCGCUUGUUGUCCGCCUCCAUUGACAAAACGCUGAUUGUCUGGGCGCCCACGGAGGAAGGUGUGUGGCUGGAGCAGGUGCGAGUUGGCGAGGUUGGUGGCAACACCAUGGGUUUCUUCGGCGGCAAAUUCGCGCACGAUGGUCGCUCCAUAAUGGGACACAGCUACCAAGGCGGCUUUCACAUCUGGAAUCAGAGCCAGGAGCAGGCACAACUCUGGACCUCCAAUGUCAUUGUCGGUGGUCAUUACGGCCAGGUGCGUGAUUUGGCCUGGGAGCACGAAGGCGCCUAUCUAAUGACUGUAUCUGCGGAUCAAACGACACGCCUGCAUGCACCCUGGUUGCAAGGUGAACAGUCGCCCACGUGGCAUGAACUAGCACGUCCCCAGGUGCAUGGCUAUGACAUGCAGACUCUCGCAUUGCUCUCACGCUACAAGUUCGCAAGCGGCGCCGAGGAGAAGAUUGUGCGCACAUUCCAAGCGCCAGCAAACUUUAUAGAAAACUUUCGUCACAUCAGUCGACUGGAAAAUGAUGCUGCAGGAGAUGCUCUGUUGGAUUCUUUGCCCAAAGGCGCCUCGGUGCCAUCGCUGGGAUUAUCCAACAAGGCGGUCUACAAAGUGGAAACGCCUGAUGAUAAGGCCUCUAAGGUCAAAGAUGAGUAUCCGGAUAACUACUUUGUGCCCAUAACGCUGCAAACGCCGCCGCAGGAGGAGACGCUGAUGCAGAACACAUUAUGGCCGGAACUGCAAAAGCUUUACGGACAUGGCUAUGAGCUGUAUGCAUUGGCCGCCACGCCCGAUGGCCAAAUGUUGGCCUCCACUUGUCGUGCCAGCAAUGCAGAGCAUGCAAACAUUAUACUUUGGAAUACAGCCAACUGGAAGCAGCUGCAGAAACUAAGCGGACAUCAAUUGACGGUUACACAGUUGCGUUUCUCGCCAGAUGCACGUUAUUUGUUAUCUGUUUCCCGCGAUCGACGCUGGUCGCUUUACAAGCGGGAUCAGCCAGAGGAACCGCUCAGCAGUUACACUUUGGUGGCCAAUACGGACAAGACGAAUGGCGUGCAUACACGCAUCAUUUGGUCAUGUGAUUGGUCACAUGACGGCAAAUACUUUGCAACCAGUUCACGCGAUGGCAAAGUGGUGCUCUGGACACAAUCCGAGAAGGCAAAGGAGCAGGAGCAAAAGGACUCACUGAAUGGCUGGCAGACUGUAGGCAUGCUGGAGCUUAAAAAUGAAUCUAUUACCGCUGUGAGUUUCGCCCAACGCUGUCUAGGAUCAAGUUAUGUGCUGGCUCUUGGCAUGGAAAGCGGGCACAUUAAGAUUUAUCAGUUCAACAAUGGAAAGUGGGAACUAAGCUGCGAUUUAAAUCAAGAUUUGUCACAUCAUUUGACUGUAAAGCGUUUGCAAUUCCGACCUGGUCAACAAACGGAUAACAUGCAAUUGGCCAGCUGUGGGGAGGAUCAUUUGGUGCGCAUCUAUGACAUUUCCACAACAUCAAAUUAAACUUGGCUUCAUUCAUUAAAAAAUGGGAAAAGUUCAACUUUUAA